AUGGCUGUGACCAAUGCAAAAAAAGGAGAUCUCUCGUGCAGCUACCAGCCUCGAAUUGUUACACCACGACCUGAACCCAAGAAGAAACAUGCUGAACAACUAGUUGCAUGCUCCCCAGCUCCCGGUACAUCUCUUGCCGAGAUAUCUGCACGAACCGAUGCCGCCUUAAGUGCCUUUCAGCGCAAUUUAACAGAUACGGCAUACUUUGUGCGCGAGUGGAAUGGUCAAGACCCCGAAUUGAUGCACCAUUACUGUACCUCCACAUGUACCACCUUAUCAGAUCGAGAAGAUGUCCACCAUGUGUGGAGAAUCGAGAUUCCGAAAAUCGCUUAUUCCUAUGAGUUUCUCAUGCAUGGAAUCUUAUCGUUAUCCGCACUCCAUCUGUCAUAUGUCAAGCCCGAAAAACAUAGUCAUUACCUCACCAGCUCCACUUUCCAUAUGGCCCUAGGGCUCCAAACCUUCCGAACUAUACUUCGGAGGCCAACCGAGGAGAAUUGCUAUGCGCUGUUCGCAUUCUCGAGCCUCAUCAUGGUCUGGAUCUGCGCAGUCCCGACAGACUCGAAGGAUGCACAGCCUCUGAGCAGCGUGAUUGAGAUGUUCAACCUCUCCCGUGGUAUAACGACCCUCUUGGAGUUUUUCCCAUUAAUUCACAAGUCUUGUCUUGGGCCACUGUUUUCUCAAGAUUGGAGCGAGAAAGUGGACACCCCACUUCAUCUCUUCCGUGGUCUUAGUGACCAGAUCGAUCAACUCAGAUAUCGGCUCACGGUCGAAGUACUUGAAGAAGAGGAGAGAUCAAUCUUAGAGCAUGCCAUGAUGGAGCUGAAGAAAGCCUGCCAACGUAUUGAACGCGCCCGCACACCCUCUGCCUGCGGCAUGGUUUUUGUUUGGCCGAUUACAGUCCGCAACGGAUUUCUUGGCUUGAUUGAGAAAAGGCAGCCUCUUGCCCUUGUAUUGCUUGCUUGCUACUGCGCACAGCUACAUGUGUUCCGGCGUUUUUGGGUUAUGGAAAGACGUGCAGAAUCGCUGCUAUCCGAGGUCUUGGCAGUUAUGCCGCCUGGGUACGCGGAUCUCUUGGACUGGCCGCGACAAUUCUGUUUGCAUGGUCCCGAUAUGGAGCGAUGGUGUGUCCUUCAUCCAAGCACGGAGGGAAUAUUUGAGUGA